AUGGAUGUAGAAGAUGUGCGAAUUGUGGACGGUUUGAUUUUCGGCUAUCUUAGCAGACGACAGACCUUACGUGCACUUUGCAAUGAAGCACCGUAUCUUCGAGAUGCUCGUAGCCGUUUUCAAAGUGGUGGUGACGUCUUCAUUCAAGUUAAUGACCAGUUGCAUGACAAGAAUCUCGAGGAAAUCGUCAGUGCUUUUUCAAGUGUUGGACGUUUUGAUGUAACACCUGAGUUGAUUGAUUUUGGAAUUCGUCUACGAGAUCUCACGAAUGAGUUUUCCACAAUGACUGCACUGAGAGGGAGAAGUAUUAGGUUCCUUAUAUCUCGUACCCUCCCAUCUAUACUAUUUUAUUGGCAUCCGAAAUACCUUUUGUACUCUUCACACACCUCCCAACGCUUUAACGGUUCUUCGUGGCUAGGAGGUGUUAGUAGGUGUAAGUCUGCGACAGUGGAGGGACCCAUCUCCCCGGGAGAGCCUCCCAAGCUGAGAAGCAGUCCGGCGCUUCCAUCAGGAAGCCCAGCUAGGAGUAAACCAAUACCAGGAACCACCACCGUGCUGGUACCAAACUAG